CCCCCCACCCCCACCCGACCCCACGCCUCCCACCCCCAAUCCAAAGCUCUCAGUCUCAGCCUCUCACCGUCACACUCUCCUCUCACCGUCGCGCUCUCCUCUCUGCAGUAGCGCACGACACUCGCCCCACAACCUGAACGACGUUCGCACACAGUGCACGACCCUCGUCCCUCGCAGGCUCGCACCCAGCGCCAGCAGUAGCAGAGCACGAGCCUCCUUCCUCGCACCCAGCAGUAGCAGAGCCCGAACCUCGCAACCUCACACCCAGCAGUAACAGAGCCACAACCCUCGCCAGUCGCCACCCACAACACAGCACCCACCAGUCACCGAUUCAAGUCUCCCACCCAGCCACCGAUUCAAGUCAGAUAUGGAGCCCGAGCCACCGAGUCAGGUUAGACUAGGCACUGCAAGAGGCGCAGAGGUAGUGAAAGUGGCAGUCAUGGCACUCUAUGCUCUUUUGAUUGCUUUCGGUCUGUGCAAGGCGCUUCCCCUAGCCAGUAUUUUCCUUUGUGCCUUGACCUUACCAAUUGGAAACUUGGUAGUGAGAUUUGUGCAAGAAAAUCAUAAGGAAAAAAGCAAUGUCUUCAUGGCAAAGUACUUCUGUGUGAGGUUACAUGCUUUGUUUGGAGCAGCUCUGGCUUGUGGGUUGGUAGCGGUUAGAGUGGUUUAACAACAGUUCUAUGCAUGCAAGAGACCAUAUCUCUGAAGAUGGAAGUUGUCUCAGAAUUUUAUACUGAUUCUUUGCAUUCUUCAUUUCAAGUGUUUUUCAUUUGCCUCCACUUCUUAUGGCCAAAUAAAUAGUGGAGAAAAUUUAUAUCUUAUAUGUUGAGAUACCAAUCUAGUUAGGAGUCUCACUUAGGCUUUUUUGAUAGUUUAACAUUUUUUGGUGUUACAUACAAGGACACAUACCUUUGUUUGUUUUCAAAUCUGAUUGCUCCUUGUCCAGUUGUCCCUAAUGAUGUAAUUGCAUAGUUUGUAGUCCAAGUGAAUAUAUGCACGGUUGAUUCUUCUAUGUUACCUAAGAAACUCUAGAAUGGAAAUCCAAUUUACCACAUGUUCUCUACAAUUAAAAUGUGUAAUGAAUUUUUCAUUC